AUGAAAAGAAAAGGAUCACAAGGAAAAAAUGGGAGCAAAUAUAGUCUCUACGGAAUACUGAGUAAUAUAGCAGAGUCCCCAACUAUACUGUUCGGAUUCGGUGAGAAAGUCAUCAUUUAUUAUUCUUCACUAGUUCAUUACGUAACUGAAUCUAUUUUUGUGGACAUUUUGAAGGACGAAAAGAGGAGUGAUGAGUGGUAUUAUAGAUUUAUCUCACUGCAGGGACGGGGGUAA